UGCUCGGAUUACGUCGGCGAAGUUUCAGUGCACGUUUGCUUCAACAACUUCUGCUUACCAUCGCCGUCGCUUCAAAGACGAUGGGUUAGGCCUUUUCACGCGUCUCGCACGGAUGGAAGGCGAUGAGACGACUUCGCACGACAUGGUCUUCUCCCUGGAUCCCCCGCCGGUCACCGAGGAUGCGAGCUCGGAAGAGGACUUGUUUGAGGGCGAGGGAACCGUGGAGGCGCCUCCACUCGGCGCCAAGCCCCUGGCGUCUCCGAUCCACGACGCGCUGCACCGCAUCGUCUAUCUGUGCGACGGCCGUGACGACGGCGUCGUAACCUUGGACAGGCUCAUGGAGGUCAUCGAGACCAAUGGUUUCUCCACUUCGAACCAGGACGAGAGCACGCUGACCUGGGUGCACUCUGCCCUGUGCCGCGAGAGCGAGGCCGAGGGUCUCGUGGAAGACGUCGGGUCUGGCCGCAAGGAUGUUCUGGUGAACGUGCUCACGUCCAGGGUGAUCCGGGAGCUCCUGAACCACUUCCAGAAGGAGGCGCACCUGGAUGAGUCCGACGUCGGGCUGCCGCUGUUGCUGGACCCAAGUGAGUGCGGGGUGGUGUCGCCGGUCGGCCACGUGGGUGGCGGCGAUGCCGGUGAUGGUGCCGCCGGCGUCCGUACCUCCUCGCGUGCCGCUAAUUCUGGCAGCUCCCCCUCAGAAUCGCUGUCGGCCUUGGGUGCAUCGCUGUUCAGUUUCGGAAGCCACGAAGGAAUUGCUGGCGACGUCAGCUUCCAGGAGUCGAAAGAAGUGGAGCAGCUUCAGCACAUGGUGCUCAAGCUCACUCGCGAGAAAGGGGAACUCCUCAAGCAGAUCACCCAGGCAGACGACGCCAACCAGACGAUGGCGGCUGAGAACUCCAGGUUGCUCGAGCGCAUUCGCAGCCUGUGCGCAGAGAUGGAGCGCUGGAAGGUGAGUUCGUCCGAACUGGAGGAUACGAGGGCCUCCCUGGCGGCCAGCGACGCCGCCUGCCAGCGUUCCGAGAGGGCGGUCCAGCGCACGAACGCAGCCAAGGCCGUCAUUGAGGAAGAGCUCAAGAAGCACAUCCUGGAAGUGAACCAGCUGAAGAACGAGCUUUCGCUCUCGGAGCAGCGCGAGUCAAAGCAUCGGCGGGAGGCCCUCAGAAACAGGGAGUGUAUGAUGAGGUUGGAGCAGGAGAACACCAAGCUGCAGGAACUCCUCAGCGAUGAGUCUUCCAAGCUUGAGAGCACUGCCCUGACCGUGGUCGAGAUCUCUAAGUCUAUCAAGUCUCUGAAGCAAGAGAAGGCUGAACUCGAGCGAAAACUGUGCAAACUUCAGAGCGAGAACUCGCGCCUGAGGGACAACCUGCUGUCCCUGGAAGCCUCCCUCACCACCUCGAUGACUUCGGCGACCCUAACGGGCAGUUCUUCGUCGUCCCCUUCGGAUCCCCUCCUUGGCUCGGCGUGCGGCUGCAACGGCGAGGGAGCUUUCGAGAGCGACGAAGGGGUCUUCGACGAGCGGUGUGCGUCGCCGGGGGGUCUUUCGUCAUUGCCUAUUUGCCAAGAGGCAAUGCUGGGAAGCAAGCGUUGCCAGGAUUCCACCAACAGCAGCACUCUGCUGAUGCAAAGAGGGGCUGUGCUCAGGACUCCGUUUCGCGGGAUUCUGAGGGCUCAGUCCUGGGACAUGGUGUCUGCCCUGGACGAGGAGGACGUGACAGACGGGAUCUUGCCGUGUCCAACGGCUCAUAGCAGUUUGCCCUCAAGAAUCGUUGCUGUUCCGAAAAACAUGGUGGACACCAAAGGGGCAGACUACCGGCACCGUCUCCAGGAAUUAGAGGCAGAGGUGGAGCUGAGCAACGCUCGGAUACAAGAGCUUGAGUCUCAGCUCCGUGAAAAAGAGGAACUUCAGAAUGGCCUGGAGCGUCAUCUCAGGUUCCUUUCCGGCAUGUUGUGCUUGCUGCUCGUUGGGCUUUGUGAAGCCAGACAAGUCCUCAAAAGGUUGAAUGAUGCGGCUGUCAGAAUCUUGGAGUCGCAUACUGGUCCGGCUUCCAUAUCGGCUCAAGUGCAGCAGGACAAUCGGCUGGUCAGCGUGCUCGAGGAUGUCAGUCCGGAUUCGGUGUACUCGUUUCCCGAAGAUGUGGUUCGUGAGCAGAUUGAGCUGGAGCUGCAGGCGUUGCGGAGCCAGAUCACCAAGAGCCAGGCGGUGCUCACUUACCUUCACGCAAGAAGCUCCAGGCUUCCACUUCGGCCGGCGUUGUCGAGCUCGGCCGCGGACCGCAGGGCAGCGUUCUACCGGCGUGGAUUUUCUGAAGACGGGCCUCACCCAGACGACCAAGUGUACGACACUGUGGGCACCACCAAGCCAAGGUGCUCCACCGCACACCGUGGAAAUUUGUCCUCCGAGCACCGUCCUCCCUCCCACGACAACCGUCCUCGGUUGUCGAGCACAUUCUCCUGCCCGGUGUUGCCGGGGCGCGACGCCACCAUCGCGAGGGCCACGCAGACAGAGCAGACCCUUGUGCUUUCGCGCGAGUCGCAGACGGAUCGCUCCGAGCCUCAGUCCGGGCCUCGAUUCAAGCCUCGGUCCGUCCCUCCGCUCAUCCCCAACGGACCCGUCCCACUGGUCCAAUCAAAGACACCGGCGGCGGUUGCGUCGAGUGCCACGUCGCCCUUGCUGCGGCGCCGCACGCACAGCUUUGUCUGUGCGAUCCGAGAGGGGAACAGCCAGCUGGUGGAUGCGGCCACGGAAGACGAGGCGACGACGGACAGUACGCCUCAAGCUCCUCCGCAGUCCUCCGAGCCUGUGCGGAAGCGUGCCAAGCCUCAGGUGCCAAAACUGAUGUUCGAAGACGUCGAUGCUGCCAAGAGAGACCUGCAGUCUCGUAAGGCUGCGUUCCGCAAGAACCUCUUGGGUGCGUGGAGGAGUCUGCUUCUUCCGAGCUGUCCAGCGUCAUUGAACGAUCGCUGUCGUUUUUGGCUCGGUUAUACGCAUCCGUUUGAUGGAUGCGUUCUACCCCGUCUUGAUGUCUUCGUAUGCCACAGCUCUGGCUUUGUUUUGUUACCUUUGCUUUGUUGUGCCCCCUGGUGGCUCCCCUUGCGUCAGAAAGCAAGAUUAGGUUGUCUAGCAUUGAACAACACAUGCUCUCUUUGA